CGGACUUUGACAAGCCGUGUGUGCGCUAAUCGAAAUAUGAAACGCGAGGAUCAGAAUUUGGUUGAACACUUGUGCAUCGGAGGUGAAAAUGAAAAUGACAGAGCUGAGGCGACGGAUGGGAUCGGCGCUGACGGCCUUGCUUUGGAUGAACCCGAAUUCGAUCUCCCCGUCGAUUCAUCGUCGCUACUUCUAUUCAAUUCCAUCUCCUGUGCGGGACCAGUUUGCUGCGGCUGAUCAGGUGGUGCUUGACUAUUCCGCCGCCGCAGCUGCUACCGAGGUUGGGUUGGUUCCAAAUCUUCUUCAACGGCGCGUCGUCGUGUACGACGGCGUUUGCCAUCUCUGCCACACUGGAGUGAAGUGGAUAAUUAAGGCUGAUACUGAUAGAAAAAUCAAGUUCUGUUGUGUUCAGUCAAAAGCAGCUGAGCCAUAUCUGAAGAUUUGUGGAUUGGAGCGGGAAGAUGUUCUCCGCCGCUUCCUGUUUGUUGAGGGUCCUGGCUCACACCACCAAGGAUCUGCAGCUGCGUUAAGGGUGUUGUCAUAUUUGCCCAGGCCUUAUUCUGCAUUAGGCGCUUUAUUGGCGAUCCCUGCUCCUCUAAGGGAUUCCGUUUAUGACUACAUAGCUAAGCAGCGUUAUGACUGGUUUGGAAAAGAUGAUGACUGCUUAGUCCUCAAGGAAACAGAGUUGCUGGAGCGUUUUGUUGAUUGGGAAGAGCUACUCGAGCGCAGCCGCACACCACAAUCGUGACGAUAUAGAUGUUUUUGAUGGCUGUGGUGCUCUUGCAUAUCCUUUCGCAUUCUUUCAGGCAUGAAGAAGGGCUGUGAAUACAACACGCUGCCUGCACAACCAUGCUGGGUUAGCGCGGCCACUUGUAGUUUCGAACUAUGUCAUGGUGGGUGGUGGUGUUCAAUAGAUUCAUGACCACUGGACUUGCUUGUAUAUAUAUAUAUAUAUACAAUUUUAUGGACAUAAAUUCUCAACCCUAGUUGCUUUCUUUUGGACAACAUAUGGUAAAUUGUUAUGGGAAUAAGAACAGCUCCGCUAGUAUUUGCUUGCUCA